UGGCUCUAUCAGCAACUCUUUAAGUAUAUGUCUUAUAUAUAUGGACACAUAUGCCGUCUGUGUGGCAAUACAUAUAAAAGAAGUACUCUAUUCAUAAUAUGAAUACAUAGCUGUGAAUUUGAUUACGUGUAGUAACAAAAAAUGAAAUGUGAAGAAUGAAAAGAAACCAUUAUGAAUUACAAUUUCUUAAGCAACUUUUUUUGGUGUUUUUGUAAUCUUAACUUAAUAGUAAAAGAAGUGAUAUCAAUAUAUGAUUAAACAUACCAUAUCAAUGAAAAAGUAUAUAUCAGUUUUCUAAACCUAUACGUGUUAAACUGUUUUAACCAAUAAUUCAUCAAAGAUGGUAAACGAAGUGUCAAUAAAUGUUUUAACUUUGAAUUGCUGGGGAAUACCAUAUGUUUCAAAAAAUAGAAGUGCUCGUAUGACAGCAAUUGCAGAAAAAUUUGCUACUGAGAAUUAUGAUGUUAUUUGUUUACAAGAGGUAUGGUCCAUUGAUGAUUUUAAAAUGAUGAAAGCUAAAACUCAAGAACAAUUACCAUAUUCACAUUAUUUUUAUAGUGGAGUUGCUGGAUCAGGUAUUUGUAUCUUAUCUCGAUAUCCCAUUCAAGAUGUAAUGUUUCAUAAAUGGCCUUUAAAUGGAUAUGUACACAAAAUACAUCAUGGAGAUUGGUUUGGUGGAAAAGGAGUUGGACUUUGCAAACUUAAAAUUAAUAACUUAAAUAUUAAUUUUUAUAUUGCACAUUUACAUGCAGAAUAUAACACAUACAGUGAUGAAUAUAAAGCACAUAGAGUUUUACAAGCUUUUGAUACUGCCCAGUUUAUUAGAAUGACUUGUGGUGAUGCUGAUUCUGCGAUACUAGGAGGUGAUCUCAAUGCAGAACCUCAGGAUUUAGCUUAUAGGAUCAUGUGUGGUGUUGCUGGUUUAACAGAUGCUUGCUCAAAAAGUACUAGUAAUUUAGGGACCAAUGAUUGUGCCAAUAAUAGCUACACUAGUUCGAAGCUUGCAAGAACUUUCCCACAGGGAAAGCGUAUAGAUCAUAUUUUAUACUUGGGUUCAAAAAAAGUUAAAAUAGAAGUAACAGAUUUUCAACAUCCCUUUCCAAAACGAGUACCUUAUAAAAAUUUUAGUUAUUCUGAUCAUGAGGCUAUUAUGGCUAGUGUUAAAUUUAGUGCUGGCAAGUCUCAAAACUCAAACAUAGAUGUUAGAGAUUCAUUAAAAGAAGCUAUACAAAUAUGUGAAACGUCGCUAAAAAGUAUUCAACGACAGCGAUAUUGGUAUUUAUUAAUAGAUUUAAUAUUAAUUAUACCACUUAUUUGGUCUAUGGGACUGGAUUGCUCUGUUACAUCUUAUGGUAUAUCUAUUGGAGUUAAUAUCGGACGGCUUCUUUUAACUGCAAUAUUCUGCUAUGCUUUAUUCAUGUGUUCUAUAUGGAAUAGUAUAGAAAAGAAUGCUUUGAAAGCAGGAUGUCUAGGAAUGGAAAUUUAUUUAACAAAUUUAAAUAAUAAUUUAGAUAAACAAUGAAAUUAUAGAAAUUAUAGAAAUACAUAUCUAGAAACUUCUUCUUCAAACUAUUUCACCAUUGUUCAGUUAAAACUAUCAAAAUAUACUGCUAUUUCUAAUAGGUAUAUUUUUUAUAUAAUAAAUAUUAGUGUUUACAAGCACUACUAUUUUAAUAUUAUCUUUAUAUGACAAUAAUCAAAUCAUUUCCUCUCUUUCUAUGAAUUAUUCUUAUCCAUUAUUUAUGUAUAAUAGCAUUGUAAAUUUGCACAAUUUUUAGUCACAGUAAUAAUUAAUUCCAGUACUUUUUACAUUAAUAUUUUUACGACCGCAUCUUUGCGCAGUGAAACGUCGCCAUGAACCGGCAAUAUUUUUGACAUCACGUAGGAGUCAACGGCUAAUAACAACGGCCUAUCAAUGACACCACGUAAGUGUCACCGGCCAACAACCACUGGCCUGCCUAUGGCACCACAUUAGUGUCACCGGUCGUGAAAGUGUUAAUAUUUCAUAUCUAAUAAAAAUGGAACAGUAUUUUAAAUGUCAUACAUUUAUAGAAAGAAUAGGCAAGUUAAGAAAUGUUAAUUAGUUAGCAAAUUUUUAUUCUUAAAAAUAUAAUUCCAUAAAUGAUGCAUUCAUUUGUCAAAGUGAUUAAGUUCACAAGAUAAAAGUACUACUUAUUUUCUUUUUUAGUGUUUUACUUGUAAUUAAAUAUUUUAACACUAAAAUUACCAAGAAAAUGCAAAAAGUAGAGUUAAUCAUUUUGGUGUCUGAAUGGCUGAAUUGCAUUUAUUAAAAUUUAUUAUAACUUUUUAAGAAUAAUAUGGUUCAGUUACAUUCAAUACGUUUUAUUAUAUAUAAUCU